GGAACAACCAGGAAGUCACCGUUCCAGCUGAUGUAUGGCAGACGGCCGAGACUACCAACGCAUGAUAAAACCUGGCCGCAACAACAGAGAUGGAAUACAACAAGAUUGAGAACAGAGCGGAGACAAGCAAUCAGGAAUGUGAGAGAGAAACAAACAUCAGACAUGCAGAAGUCAGAACAGGAGAGAAAGAACUGGAGACCGUUUGAAGUGGGAGACCAAGUGAAGUGUAGAGAACGGAAAUGUACCACAGGAAGAGGGCCAGGGUCAGGUAAGCUGAUCCCGAAGUGGGAGGGACCGUACGUAGUAACCGAGAGGCGCGGCGCAGUGUAUACAAUCCAGAAAGGAAACAAACAGAAACGCGUGAAUGCCAGUGAACUCCAAAGGUGGUUCCAAGUGCGCCAAGAGGGCGAGCCACAAACACUGAUAAAGAAGACGGCUGUACGGAGAUCAGAAAGGCUGAGAGAGCGACUUGUUAAAGGGGGGACGAGUGUGGUGUGUGCUACUUAUACGAACGAUAUAAGUAGUAUAAGAAUGGACGUGAAAGAAGAUGUCUUACGGUCAGAAGAGGAAAACGGAAAGCAAAUAGAGCAAAAGCAAGAAAGAUUUAGAGCACCGACAGGAAGUAAAGGAAGCAACAGCAGGAAUGGAGGAAGGCUGGAGCGUUGGAAGUCAGGACUCAAAGAUGGUGUGCAAAUGGAGUGUUCAAUGUAAUGUUAUCGUUUUUAAUUGACUAAGAGUGUAAAUUUG